UUAAAAGCAUUGUAGAGGGCGCCACGUGUGGUAAACAAUGUUCUUGGAAAAAAGCUAAUUUUUACGCUUUAAAUUGAUUAACAAGGGCCAAAAAUGAGUCGCAGACGCCAGCAAAACCGUGACGAUGAAGACAACGGUUUCGCAGAAUGGGGGGGUUACAUGGAAGCAAAAAAAGCCAAACUUAGGGAACAAUACAAGGAAACCACAGCCAAAGAAGUCGAAAAAUUAUCGGACAUUUUCACCGGAGUCUCAAUCCUCGUCAACGGCUUGACAAACCCCAGUUCCGAACAAUUAAAAUUAUUGAUGGCCCAACAUGGGGGCACCUUCCACUUGUACCAAAGCUCCACAACCACCCACAUAAUUGCAUCGAAUUUACCCAACGUCAAGAUUAAUAAGUUGGGUUCGGUCCCAAUCGUUAAACCCUCGUGGAUCACCGACAGCAUAGCCCUCAAUAAACUCCUCGACUACAAACGCUACCUCCUUUACACCAAUCAAACGACAACACAGCCCCCUUUGGACUUCCCCGUGAUAGCUAAAACAGCCUCCGACCCCCAUUUCCUCGAAGAAUUCUACUCCAAUUCUCGCCUACACCUCAUCUCAACUUUGGGGGCCGAAUACAAACAGUUUAUCUCGGACUUGCGCGAGAAACCCCGGGACUUCCCCGGCCGUGUCAAACUGUCACACGUCCCCAAAACGGGGGCUGUGCCCCAAACCCCCGUCGUGAUGCACAUCGACAUGGACUGUUUCUUCGUCUCGGUGGGGCUGCGCACGCGACCGGAGCUCCGGGGGCUCCCCGUGGCCGUGACCCACGCCCGAAGGGCUCAACUCAACCCCAACAAAGAACGGGAGGAAACUGUGACCUUGAACAUGGAUAGAAUGCCAGAAAGAGUGGAACUAAGGAUGAUAGACGGGAGAUCGUCCAUGUCAGAAGUUGCAAGUUGUAGUUACGAGGCCAGAAAAUGUGGGGUUAAAAACGGGAUGUUUCUGGGGGCUGCGGCCAAGCUGUGCCCCCAGAUUAAGACAAUUCCGUACGAUUUUGAGGGCUAUAAGGAGGUCUCGAUGGUACUUUACAAGACCUUGGCCUCCUACACCCUCAAUAUUGAGGCCGUGAGUUGUGACGAGAUGUACGUCGAGGUCAGCGACCUCCUCAAAAGCUACGAUUUGUCGGUGGAAGAUUGGGCCAAUCACAUUCGAGACGAGAUAAAGACGGCAACAGGUUGUCCCUGUUCGACUGGGUUCGGCAGCAAUCGGCUCCAAGCCCGAUUGGCUACGAAAAAUGCCAAACCUGACGGUUCUUACUACCUCAAGCCUGAAGAUGUCGAGUCAUAUAUGGCCGAAAUCGCUCUCGCCGAUUUGCCAGGGGUUGGUUAUGCAACCCUUAGUAAGCUCAAAAGUUUGGGUUUGGAGACGUGUGGCGACGUCCAAGUGGCGUCCUUGGGGGUUUUACAACGUGAGCUGGGGGCUAAAAUGGGGGAAACCCUCCUGGAACAAGCGAAGGGAGUUGACCGGAAACCCCUCAAUUACACACACGAACGGAAGUCAGUCUCUGCCGAAAUCAACUACGGAAUCCGCUUCAAAACAAUCAACGAGUGUUAUAAUUUUUUGGAAAGUUUGGGUAAUGAAGUCUGGAGCCGUUUGAACGAAAUCAAAAUGCGGGCGAAAACCGUUACCUUGAAAUUGAUGAUUCGGGCAGCUGAUGCGCCUUUGGAAACUGCAAAAUUUCUCGGUCAUGGCUUGUGCGAUUCCGUGAGUAAAAGUCAAACACUUGCGCAUCACAUCUCCGAUGUUAAAAUACUUCAUCGUGAAGUUAGAACACUUUACGAUAAAAUGAAUGUUAAUUAUGCCGAAUUGCGCGGACUUGGGGUUCAGUUAACGAAAUUGGAAAAGUUGGCGCCGAUUAAUCCGACUUUGAGCAAUUUUUUGCAACAAGAAUCGAAGAAAAUUGAACCAAGUGGUGAUAAAAUCGCCAGUAGAGCGCGCGAACUUGUCAGACCCCCAAGUGGCGAGAAAGUGGCCACGAGAGGGCGUCCUCGAAAAAAUUCAAAGGGACAGAAGAACAGUCUUAGUGAUUUUUUUAAGAAUAAGAAGGAGAUAACGGGGCAAAAUAAGUCAGUGGAGAUCAAGAAGGCCGAGGUGGACCUGAACGUCCUCCAGGAACUGCCGCCCGAAAUCCGGGCGGAAAUCAUCAAAGAGUACAAUCUGGAAACCCCAGCCCCCAAGCCACCGCUUGAGAGUCCUGAGACAGCCCCACCAGUCAAAAAAUCGCCUUUUAGUGGCCUCAAUUGGCCCCAACUCAAACCAAUCCUUUACAAGUGGUUACAAUCAGAACAAAAACCCGACAAUUACGACGUUGUGCUCCUUGGCGAACACUUCCGACAGUUGGCGAUUGCCCGCGAUAUUGAUUGGUUGCCCACAGCUAUGAAUUUUUUGUACCGAAAUUUCGCUCAAAUGAACUGUUGUUGGCAUAAAGCGUAUCAUAAGAUCGUUGAUUUGGUGCAACAGGGAAUGGUGGCGAGGUAUGGAGGGACUUUGUUGAUUAAAAGAGAUUUCGAUUGUUUAAACUGUUUUUAAUAAAUACAUUUCAUAAUUUCA